AUGUCUUCUACUAAUUACUCUAACAUGAACUCUGUCUCUAUUGCUAAUAGCUUAGGAUCUAGUUCACGGGCGCCCAUACUUAUUCCUGAAGAGUAUAAUUUGUGGGUUGGUCGUAUGAAUCUUCAUCUUAACACCAUAAAUGAAGAUGUCUGGAAAUGUGUAGAAGGAACAUAUAUUACUCCAGAAAAUAUAGCUAAUCUUGCUACAAAUCAAGCCACUCAAGCUGAAAUCAGAAGCAAGUUGGAACUCCAAGACAAAAAGGAACUUGUGUCUGGAAUACCUCACAGUAUACUAAUACAAAUGGAUGACAUUAUACUGUUAACCGCAAAUCAAAUAUGGAAAAGUUUGAAAAGUCAUUUUUGUGGAUAUAAAAGAGUUAUCGGAAAGAAAAGAACAUUUAUUUUGAAUGAAUUCGAUAAUUUCAAAAUGUUUUCAUCAAAAAACAUCCAUGAUGCUCACGAUAGGUUCAGUUUUAUUAUGGUUAAAAUGAACAAUUUGGGUAUCAAAAAGACACAACACGAGAUAAAUCUCAAGUUUUUAAACAAUCUUUUCGAAAGCUGGAAAAUGGUUAAACUCAUUAUUCAGGGAAAUCUAGCUAUUCAUACUGAAACUUUAUACAAUUUGUAUGGAGAACUUCAAUCGUAUGAAUCCUCGAUUGACCCACCAACCACUACAGCUUUUGGAGAACCACUUGCUCUUGUGUCCACAUCUUCUCAAAACCAAACACCUUUCAAUGAUCAAAACUUUAAUCAUUCUAAUCAGACUACAUCUUUUCAGUACCAAGCCUUUGUAAAUAAUUGUUUUGAUCAGUCUGAUUCGAAUGAUGAAGCAUACUAUCAACAACUGUGUGCAUUGGUUGCAAACACAAAUCUCCAGAGAUUUCUCCCAAAUCAUGGUCAAUCAAAAUUGAGACCAAAUUUUCAAAACAAACCAUCUUUUAGACAAAAUAAUUCAGGGUUUCAACCAAUAACUUCAUCUGGACAAAACAACUCAAGUUUUCAACCUAGGCCUUACUUUGGACAAAAUUCUCAAAGACCUUCCUUCCAUAACAACUCAAACCAAGGUUUUCAAAACCAGGAACUUCAAAACAAUCCCAACUCAGGUCAUAAUAAUAAUCUAAACAACAGUUUUCAAAAUCAAAACAGAGGUUUCCAGAAUCAAGGUUACAACAAUCAAAAUAAUGGUUUUCAAAACAACUAG